AUGUUUAGAGAUAGAACUAAUUUAUUUUUAUCAUACCGUAGGACUUUCCCUCAUAACAUAACUUUCUCAUCUGGGAAAGCACCCUUGGGCGAUGAUCAAGAUAUUGAAAUGGGUACAUACCCGAUGAUGAAUAUGUCUCACGAUAUAUCGGCCAGAUUGACAGAUGAACGAAAAAACAAGCAUGAGAAUCACAGUGAUGCGUUACCACCCAUAUUUAUUGAUAUAGCGCAGGAUGUUGAUGAUUAUCUUCUGGAGGUGAGACGGUUAAGUGAGCAGUUGGCGAAGGUUUAUAGGAAGAAUUCGUUACCUGGCUUUGAAGACAAGAGUCAUGAUGAGGCGCUGAUUGAAGAUCUAAGUUUCAAAGUAAUUCAGAUGCUGCAGAAAUGUUACGCUGUUAUGAAACGAUUAAAGACCAUAUACAACUCUCAAUUUGUGGAUGGUAAGCAAUUAAGUCGAGAAGAGCUGAUUAUACUAGAUAAUCUACAGAAGAUCUAUGCAGAAAAGAUACAAACUGAAAGUAAUAAGUUCAGAGUAUUACAAAAUAAUUACUUGAAAUUCUUGAACAAGGAUGAUUUGAAACCUAUCCGCAAUAAGGCCAGUGCAGAGAACACGCUAUUAUUAGAUGAUGAGGAAGAGGAGGCAGCAAGAGAGAAGAGAGAGGGCCUCGAUAUUGAAGACUAUUCAAAAAGGACGUUGCAGAGACAGCAACAGCUUCAUGACACUUCUGCAGAAGCAUAUUUGAGAGAACGUGACGAAGAAAUUACUCAGUUGGCAAGGGGUGUAUUAGAAGUGAGCACUAUUUUCAGGGAAAUGCAAGAUUUGGUUGUUGACCAGGGGACUAUUGUGGACAGGAUUGAUUAUAAUCUGGAAAAUACAGUGGUAGAGCUAAAAAGUGCAGAUAAAGAGUUGAAUAAAGCAACACACUACCAGAAGAGAACUCAAAAAUGUAAAGUCAUUUUAUUACUAACAUUGUGCGUAAUAGCGCUCUUUUUCUUUGUUAUGUUGAAACCACAUGGCGGUGGCAGUGGUGGUCGUAAUAAUGGUAGCAACAAGUACAACAAUGAUGAUAAUAAAACAGUUAAUAACAGUCAUGAUGACGGCAGUAAUACCCAUAUUAAUGACGAAGAGAGCAACUUGCCGAGUAUCGUUGAAGUAACAGAAUCUGAGAAUGAUGCUUUGGAUGACCUACUUUGA